UUAAGCCUGAUUCUUAUUGUGUGCAGCACAGGCUGUUUUUUGUUGUGCAACGUAGCUGAGAGGGGAGCCAGGAGUAGUGUCUGACUCCAUGUACAUGUUAGACAUAGCUUAGGUUUGAUUCAGAGAAGAAGAGGAGGUACAUGAGGCAGGUAUGGGAGUUAGACCAGUGGUAGCUGUAUCACUGUGGACUGAGAGGAUCCAGCACUAGGGACAAAAAGAAAAAGACAGGUGGGAGUCGUAAGGAGCCAUAUUAUCGAGUGGGGCUACGGAGGGGCGACAGCCGUAAAGCCUGACUUGGUCAGUGUGAGUCCGCUAUGCUAUAAGAUGGCAUCGAGCUCUGUGUUUCUGUCCAGCAUGGUGGGCAAAGCUCGCUCCUCCAACUUCACCCUCUCUGAGAAGCUGGACCUGUUGAAGCUGGUUCGUCCUCACAUCCGCAUCCUUGAGGAGCACACCAACAAGCACGCAGUCAUCGUGGACAAGAACAAGUGCUGGGACACCGUGGCCGAACUGUACAACGCCUUAGGAGGGGACCGACCCCAUCGCACGGCCCAGGGCCUCAGGACCCUCUACAAGAGGCUGAAGGAGUCGGCCAAGCAGGAAGUGAUGCAGCGGAGACACGCCCAGCCGGAGUACAGAGCCAGCAUCUCUGAGCCAACCAGGAGAAUCAUGGAGAUGAUCCCUCACCUGUUUCACCACGUGCCCAUCCAUGAAAAGGACCAGGCACUGCGCAGAUUAAUAUACAGCAAGCACAACUCGUCCCUCGAACAUCCCGGCAGCAGCUCCUCUCUGGCUGAACUCCAGGAUUACUCAGCAGCUGUCCCCAGUAUCCCCCAUGAGGUGGUCCAGCUGGACCCUGAAGAGGAUGUUAAGCCACCGCCAGAACUCCCCAUUCUCUCCACGCACACAGGGCCAGGGCUGGGCGGCGGCCAGGAGCAGGACGGGGAGCAGGACUUGGACAGCGUGCAGGAUUACGAAGCAUCCCUGUCUCCUACGUCCUCCUCCGUUAACCUCCCCCUCUCCCCCUCACCGCUGCCCUUACGCCACGACCUCUACCAGAACGACAUUUACUCCCACCACGAGCCCGACAGGUUUCGCCCUCUGCAGCUGGCCAAAGAGGAGCACGAGCUUGUGUUGGCCAAUCACAGGAAGGUGGCCGUGUUCCUGGAGGAGAAACGAGAGGGGCUGAAGAGGAAGCAGGAGCUGGAGGAGGAACUUCUGAGAGCCAAGAUCAAAGUGGAGAAACUAAAGGCUGCUCGACUGAGACAUGGGCUGUCAAUUCCUCUAUAACAAGCACAAACACACACAUUUGUGAGCAGGGUCGGAACGAGAGAUGCCCCAGCGAGUCCCGGAUCAGCUCAUGAGUUUAGCGAGAGCUGUUUCUGAAUUUGAAUUUUCUGUGGAAACGUAUAGUGCCUCGUACAGACACCGGAUCCUGUGUGAUACUGCAGGACAAGGCAGACUCGUGUUGCCAUCCUUCCUCAUGUUGCUCGUCAAGGUUCAUAGUUUAUCGUUGUUCCUGCACUUUUUGACAGCAGAGGUAACAAAACUUGUAGAUGCUCGUUUUACAAACACUGUGAUGGACCAAAACAGGUCCAAUAAAUGUUAGAGUCCAGAUGUUGGAAGGGAACAUUUGUAGUCGUGAUCGAUGUGUACCUUGCUGGUACGUUCAGCCGCCAACACGUAAAAAUACAAGAAUGUUAGCAUAGCAUUAAUGAUCUUUAUCCAAGAUUGUCUGAAGAUCUAUAGUCACUAUCAUAUCAGGGAGGUCGUUUAGUGCCCUGUUAAUUAUUUGUAAAUAAAAAGUCCUGCUAUGACAUCUGUAGAAAUCAGAUGUGAUAAACCUAUUAGGCAUUUUAGAGCAGGUACAAUGACUGAAGCACAAGUUAAACUUUCAAAGGCCUUAAAAUAAUAUAAUGCUUAUAAUGACAAAUUCAGUGCAUCAGGGUCAGUCCGAAAUUCUGCCUUGUGGCUGAAUCGACGGCCAGUUGAGUGAACAUAAGAAGGGAGCUGUGGUUUCGUGACGUAAUUGUUAUUAAGUAUGUAAGUACAGCAUUGAUUGUAUUGUGUUGUUGGUAUAUGAGUGUUGUCAGUCUAUUUUACAGUUUGUCCACGUAUUUGCUCAUUUCUAUUAAAAAAAACAAGGUCAGUG